GCACAAGUUUAUUGCAGGAAGUGGUGUAUCUUGUGAGCCAAGGAGCAGAUCCUGAUGAAAUUGGAUUAAUGAACAUAGAUGAGCAGCUUCCAGUCUUAGAAUAUCCUCAACCUGGUCUGGACAUUAUCAAGGAACUGACAUCUCCACGUCUGAUCAAAAGCCACCUGCCAUACCGCUUCUUGCCUUCUGACCUGCAUAGCGGCGAAUCCAAGAUCAUAUACAUGGCUCGUAACCCCAAAGACCUGGUCGUAUCUUAUUAUCAGUUUCAUCGCUCCCUGCGAACUAUGAGCUACAGAGGAACGUUUCAGGAGUUCUGUCGGCGGUUUAUGAACGAUAAGUGUAAGAAUUUCCCAUCUGUUUUUCAAUAUCCUCUUCUUCCACAGGAUCUUGCAACCCUAGUUGAACAACUAGCAAGGUUCUUGGGCAUCGCCUACGACAAAGCACAGUUGGAAUCAAUGGUUGAACAUUGUCACCAGCUCAUUGAUCAGUGCUGCAAUGCUGAUGCCCUUGCAGUGGGCAGGGGUAGGUGUGAGACACUUUGCAAGCGUUUGCACAG